AUGCUCUCACGUGUUGCUGCGGUGAAGGCACCCCGCACACACAACCGUCGCCGCGUGACCGGAUCCAGCGGAAGGAGGAGGGAAGGAAGAGAGAGUGAGGCGCAGAGGCCCAAAAUGUCCCGGCGUGUGUUUACUACCGCGGUGCUCCUCCUCGUCGUGAUGAUGUGCUGCAGUACUUGUGGAGGUGUGCAAGCUGAUGUGGAGGAACCGUCGUCUGAUCCGAAGUUUGAAUGGAAGGACGCUAAUGACGAUGGUGUAACUGUGGAGUCGUUUGGUGUUCCCGGCCUUCUAAAUGUGGGGAGUGACGUAUUUGCCGUUGCUGAGGCGCAGUGCGAGAAGAAUGAUGGAGAAGAUACCUUUACUGGGAUUGCAUCCCAACUUCUCACGGAAACAGGUAACGAACCGAAGGAAGUGCUUAAGGAUGCCAAGGAGAAAACACUAGUUCUGGAGGAAGGCAUAUCCUCAGAGGAGAAGACGAGAGUAGAUGUGAGUCGACCGACAACAGUUGUGGAUGGAGAUGAUAUUUACAUGCUUGUUGGGAAAUACAGUUGUAAAGGUGGUCAGGAGAGUGGUGCCGAUGACUGGGGACUUUUGCUGGUGAAAGGGAACGUCAGUGCUGAAGCACCUAAUAAAAAAAUUGGCUGGAAAGAUACUGAAAGUCUCCCGCGAGGAAUUUUUGUCACACAACUUGAGUCCUUGACAGGACUGAUUGGAGGCGGCGGAUCGGGUGUUAAGACGAAGGACGGUACGUUUGUGUUCCCGCUGGAAGGCACGAAGAAGAAGGAUGAAACAGAAGAGGAUGGAAAGACCGUUUCGCUGCUCCUGUACACUUUGGAUACUUCGAGGAACAUUGAGAAUUGGGCGCUGUCGAAGGGGAUGUCUGCCGAUGGCUGCAGUGUUCCCUCCGUCGUGGAGCGGGAGAAGGACAAACUCAUGAUGAUGACUGCGUGUGGUGAUGGCCGCCGCAGGGUGUACGAGUCCGGCGACAAGGGGAAGACGUGGACGGAGGCCCUCGGGACACUCUCGCGCGUGUGGGGCAGCAAACAGGACGGAGAAGGGAAGGCCGUUAGGAGCGGGUUCAUCACAGCGACAAUUGGUGUUGGAGAUGAUGAGAAGAAUGUGAUGCUCGUUACUCUGCCGGUGUAUUCCAAAGAAAAGGAAAAUGAGAAAGAAAAGGGCGUACUCCAUCUUUGGCUGACGGACAAUACGCACAUUGUUGAUAUUGGGCCGAUAUCCGGGAAGGACGAUGACGCUGCCGCCAGCGCCCUGUUGUACAAAAGUAGUGAAAGUACAACUGAUGGUAAUAAUGAGGAGUUGAUUGCACUGUACGAGAAGAAGAAGGGCGAUGGAGAAUCAUCAAACAGUCUUUGGUCUGUGCGUCUGACUGCGCAGCUGCAGCGGGUGAAGGAUGUGCUGGAGACGUGGAAGGAAGUGGACGAACGUGUCUCCAAGCUGUGCCCUUCUGAGGGUGCUGUGCAGGCUCCCUCAACUGACAGUGCCUGCAGCACUAAGAUCACGGCUGGGCUGGUUGGCUUUUUGUCCGGCAGCUUCUCUGACAACACAUGGAGGGACGAGUACCUCGGCGUGAACGCCACAGUAAAGAAGAAUGAUGUGGCGGAGCAGGUAAAAGGUGGCGUGAAGUUCACAGGGCGUGGAGCGUGGGCGGAGUGGCCCGUUGGCGCGCAGGGGGAGAA